AUGGUUCCUAUGAAGGGAACGAUAUGGAAAACACGGGAAAUGGUGACUGUUCGAUGGAGUGGAGUGAGCGACAAAAACAUCGGUGCAAUUACCCUUGCUCAACCUACAGAUGAAGGAGGAUAUAUAGAUGUUGCAAAAGUAGCCACUGAAGUACCAGCUGGUCCCGGAAAAUACUCUUUAAAGUUACCGGCCAAUAUUGCGCCAAACGAUAACUACGUUAUUAUACUCGGCAACUCAGAGGAUGCAAAAUGUAUUUCUGGUGCGUUCUUCAUUGAAAAUGGUAUGGAUAGCGGACAACCACUUGCACCUGGAAACCCACCAGCACCGGGUAACGAGCAACAAACUCCACCUUCAUCUGCCCAGAUAGCACCAUCUGACGUCGGUACAGCCGCUUCCGCUGGCGUGACAAACGGUCCAUCAUCUUCCGUACCUGCUUCUGACUCACAAAUGAUCAACACAGAUAGCAACGCUGGACGUGCUUCUCGUACUGCUGGUCAUCAUGCUUUUAAGACUGGGUCAACGCAAUCCGACGCUAAUGGCAUUGGUUUGAAGGGCAAUGAAUUAGCGUCCUAUUUUGUAAAUCUGUUUUUGUUUUUAGCUGUUGUUAUAGAAAUCAUGACGUAUCUCUAA